CCGAGCGAUUUGGCCGCCCUAAUUUUUCGAGCCCAUCCCGUACCAUCAUGAACUUCAAGCUAAUUCUGAUCGUCUCGCUGAUGCUGAUGGCGCUGUUCUUUGGCGAGGCGGAGUGCCUCCGGAAGCGACUGCGUCGGCUGGGACGUGCCGGUCGCAGGAUUGCCAAUGCGGCGCAGAAGAUAGCACCGGUGGUGGGUGCUCUUCGGGCGCUCGGAUAGUACGGGCCCCUACCGAAACCUCUGCGUCCCCUCGAUAGCAUCGUAACGACCAACUUCAGCGUACAUACACAAGACUCACGCGAUAUCAAUAAACGAGAACAUCCUCCCCAAGACGGUACUACUCUGCGAG